AUGUGCAGUAGUAAAUGUCCAGUACAGUCAUAUAAACCGUAUUUAGAGCGUGUUAAAUUUUUAGUAAGAUUGCCAGAUGAUAAAAAACUACAUAAUCUUGUACUCAUUGGCACUCAUUCGUCAUUAUCGUACCUUAUCAAUGAUGAAGAAUCUCAAACCCAAGAUUUGAAUAUCGCACAGCAAUUGAAAUAUGGAAUUCGUGUUUUGGACCUCGGUGUACGCCCAAAAUCUAAUUUAUUCAAAAUCAGCUCCGAAAGUACUCCUACAGAUAUCGACUUUUCGGAUGCGCUCUCUAAUAUUGAUAAUUUUCUUGACACUAAUCCAGGUGAAUUUAUAAUUAUGUUUAUACGACAAGUUUAUCCUAUGGAUAUUGAUGUAACCAAAAGCAACUGUGAGAUUCUUAAUCACUAUAUCAGCAAUUCAGCGGGCGGAAAACGUUUAGUAAAAAAUUGGCGACUAAAUGACACUAUCGGACAUCAUCGCGGUAAAAUUUUAUUAGCAACUUGGGGUGAAGCAUUUGGUGAAUGUACUUUUUAUCUUAAACGUAAGUGUCUUAUUCAAAAUGACGAUCUUACGUAUAGAAGCAAAAAUCGCGUUUACAAUUUGCAAGAUAAAUGGAGUCGCAUAUCUAAACUGUUACGAAAUAGUUAUAUCAAAUAUUCUCAAUGUCUAAUCAACGAUAUUAGUUUUUCGGAUGGUCUUAAUAGUCGUCGAGCUAUUGCUAAAGAUGGUGGUUAUUUUUUGAACAAUAGCUGUGCCAUUCCACUUAAUCAUGCGAUGUCUACAAAUUUUUUAUACUCAUAUUUAGCGUUAAAUAUAAUCAUGGCUGAUUUUGUUACUCAAGAAUUGAUUGAUGAAAUGAAUGACAGUAAUUUUCUUACUUCUGAUUGGCGAUCUGGAUGGCAUUGA